AGGGUUGAGACAGUGACGUUUCUCAAAACGGCCGAAUGACAAAAGGUACAUGAAAUUCCUCAACCGGCACACACUAUUAUCAAUCGCAUUUGUAUAAAGUUGAACAAAACAAAUUGUAAAAAUUUCAAAUAUAAUUCUAUUUCAAAAACUAAACCACGAAAUUCAUCAAAAUUUGGACCAACAAAAACAAGUGUCAGUGUCCGAUUUGUGCAUAUUCAAUUGGAUUUUUGUAGAAGAAGAAACACAGCAGUCGAAGGUGUCCACAGAAAGAGAGUAACAUCAAACAAGCGACGUAUUGAACAAGCCGAAGUGGCCCGUAUCCGAAAUGAGUGCUGAUCCAGCGAGUAAAAAAGCCAAAAUUGAAGCCACGAGCAAAUUCCCGAGUGACGAUGCCAAACCAAACAAUGACCAACUGCUCGUUGCUGUUCCAGCGGCCCAAGGAAAUCAGAGCGAAAUCUUCAAGCUCGACGUUGACUGUUGCGAAGAACUAUUCGAGUGGUUGUCGAUCAAAGAUCUUCACGCAUUUGGUCAAACGUGCAAACGCAUGCAUCGAAUCGCCGGCAUGUAUUUCCGCCAGAACUAUCCAUGCGCUCACAUCUUUGACAAAUUCAACUGCAUCUAUUACUGUUCCACUCAAUUGGAUGGUUUCACCGAGUUCGUAGAACACAUCAACUGUUAUUCGCGUGCAAUGGAUAUGGUUGAAUUGGAGAAAAUUGGAGCAAAGUGCAAGUCAUUGAAAGAAAUCAGUUUCAUGACAUUUGAUGUUGAAGCGAUAGAAAAGAGUGAGAUUCUGUCUAGAAUCGAAAGCAUACAAAUCACCGGUGACAGACUCAACGAGCGAUUCCUCGAUUUGUGUCCAAAUUUGAAGCGUCUUCUUGUUGAGGUUGGCUACAGCAACGAUGAUCAUUGGCUGUUUGAACUCAACAAAUGUCCGAAGCUUGAGUUUAUCAAAUUGACCGGGAUUGAUAUGCACAUCGUGGGAAUGGAACGAUUUUUCGAUCAAAUACCCCAUAUUCGUACGAUUGAAUUGAACUGGCGCUUUCUUCUGGAAAAUAGAGACGCAUUUCUGGGCUACAAUGUGAAACUCGACAAAUUGAUCGUUGAUUUCACCGACAACGAAGAUGAAGGAGACUUAAAAUUAAUCUGUCCGCUAUUGAACCAGCUGUACGAUCGUGGUUUUUACAAACGUCUACAUUUGACUCAACUAGCUUCCGGUGUUAGUCAAGACACAAUCGAUGCAAUGACGACGCUGCGUUCAUUUGAAGCUCUUGAUAUCGAACUAGAGAAUGAAAUUGUUUGGCCAGUCAUGCAGAGCCUGAAAAAAAUUUGGAUUGACGAUUUUGAUGGCAUUGACUUUACCACACUCCCAUCGAAGCUGCCAAAUCUGCAACAGAUCCAUUUACCGAACACCACCGUUGAACCGGCGCUACCGUUUAUUCGUUGCUCGAAAAAAUUGACGGAAAUCCGUUUGGUCUACUUAUCCGAAGGACCUUUUUUGAACCAGAACAUUCUUGAUCUGUCGGCACUGAACAAGGAACGGGAAAAAUUGGCCGGAGCGUGCAAAGUGACCAUUUAUGUGCCUGAAGAAAUAUUUCUGGAAACAAAGUUUGCGAGCAGUGUAAAUUACCGUUUGAUCGAAAUCAAACGCCAUGAAUCGAUGUAUUCAAAGAUUGAAUGGUAUCUCGACUCCAAGGAAUCCAAUGUUCCGAAUUAAACAUUUUUAUCAUUUGCCAUUCCCUAGGAAAUGUAGGUGUAUUUUAAUAUUUUCUCAAAUUGAAUCGAAGAAAAAAUACUUUGUUCAUAAUAUGAACUUCAUAAACCGCUUAGAAACUGUUGCUCUAUUCAUCGAACUCAUUGAUUUUAAAACAUAAAAUGAUAUUAGGAAGAAGUUGUAUUUUUAUUCAGUUAAUCAAAAUGAUUUUCUAUUUAAUUUUAAUCGAAAAAGAUUUUUUUUUCUUUUGAUGCAGAGAAAUUGCAGGUUUUUUGUAAAGGAAAAAUGAUUAAUUUUAAAGAAAUAAAUAAAACUUGGUUCAUUUUAAAUAAAAA